UUGUCAUUGUGACUUGGCACUCCCAUUGCCCAGUGCUAUAAAUGUUGGCAUUGUACAGCAAGGGAGGGUCUGCGAUGCCAUGUACGCCCCGUGCCCCUCUGUAAUGUCAGCCUCUGGGAUCCCCUACCAGUUACUGUGGGGCACAUAUGUAGCCCAUAGAGACAUUACACAGUAGGACAGUGUGUUCUGGGGUGGGCUAUGUACAGACAUGACAGCGGCCAGGGCACCUCAGGUUACACACAUGGGGGGACGUGGAGGGAAAAGUCUGAACAGAGACACACACACAGAAGCUGAGGAGAGGAGGAGAGAGACGAGGAGGAGGGCGGCAGGAAGAAGGCAGACCACUGAGGCAGACGAGGAGACAGGGGAACCUCAGGCUGCUGCAGGAGCAACUCCAAAACUAGCCCACAACUACGGACCAUAUGCCAGGAUGGAUCUAUCAGCCAGUCUAUGGGUGCUCUGCACAGUGUCUGCACUUGUUCCAGUCUGGACCCAACAAACCCCACUGCCUACAAACCGCUCCCCAAAUCAGAGCAGCAGCGUGAAGUUCCGCCUGGCCGGGUUCCCCCGCAAGCACAAUGAGGGCCGGAUAGAAGUGUUCUACAAUCAGGAAUGGGGCACAAUAUGUGAUGAUGACUUUACAAUGGAGAAUGCGCAUAUUCUCUGCCGACACCUGGGAUUUACAGAGGCGACGGGAUGGACGCACAGCGCCAAAUAUGGCAAAGGGAUAGGUCGUAUCUGGCUGGAUAAUGUGAUCUGUUCAGGGUCUGAGAAAAGUAUAUCAGACUGCAGCUCCCGUGGGUGGGGGAACAGUGACUGCACACAUGAAGAGGACGCUGGUGUUAUCUGCAAAGAUGAGAGGAUCCCGGGUUAUGUGGAACCCAACACUAUUGAGACAGAACAGAGGCAAGUGGAGGAAAUACGUCUGCGCCCUGUGAUUGCUAAUGCUAAGAACCGUCUACCCAUCAAUGAAGGGAUUUUGGAAAUAAAAUAUAGGGAUGCCUGGGAACAGGUGUGCGAUGAGGGAUGGAGUCAGAAGAACAGUCACGUGGUCUGUGGAAUGCUUGGAUUCCCAUCGGAGAAGAAAUUCAACAAAAACUUCUACAAACAAGUAAAACGGUCACCAAACAAAAAACGCUCCACCAAAACCACGAGAAGACACAGAAGACGUGUGAAGAAACCUGUGGUCUCUAAACGGGUCCCCAAGGUGGUGGCUGCAAGCCCCAGAGGAACUAGACUGACCAGUAUCAGAUCCCCUCCUAGCCAAGAUCCCCAAAAGAAGGAGCUGAAGACCAGCAACAGGCUGUACCUGGACAAACAGAAGCCGUCCUUCCGCCUGCACUCGGUGAAGUGCGCUGGGACAGAAGUUCACCUCUCCCUGUGUCCUCUGGAAUUCUACAAAGUGAACGGCACCGCUGGCUGCCAGGACGGAGCCCCAGUUGUGGUGAGCUGCACCCUUGGGCCUGUAUUCUCUGCUCAGGCAGCCUCAGGGCAGGCAGCCAUGAAGAAGAAGAAAGUGACGCAGCCGCAGCAUGAGGAGAUCAUCCGGCUGAAAGGGGGAGCACGUCCAGGGGAGGGUCGUGUUGAGGUCUUGAAGAAUGGACAGUGGGGCACGGUGUGCGAUGACCGCUGGGAUCUGCAAGCAGCUAGUGUGGUCUGUAGAGAGUUGGGCUUUGGAAGCGCAAAGGAAGCCUUGACCGGAGCCCGCAUGGGACAGGGCAUGGGACCCAUUCACAUGAACGAAGUCAAGUGUUCAGGAACUGAGAAAUCCCUUCUCGAGUGUCAGUACAAGAACAUCACAGAAGAGGACUGCAAGCACACCGAGGACAGCGCCAUAAAGUGCAACAUUCCAUACAUGGGGUACGACGCAACGAUACGGCUGGCAGGGGGUCGAUCCCCACAUGAGGGGCGGGUUGAGGUUUUAUUGGGGCCCCGAGGAGAAGAGCGCUGGGGACUGGUUUGUGGAAAUGGCUGGGGAACCAAGGAGGCUGCAGUUGUGUGUCAGCAGUUGGGACUCGGAUUUGUAAGCAGCGCCCUGCAGGAAACCUGGUAUUGGGACGCCAGUAAUGUCACCGAAAUGAUUCUGAGUGGAGUGCGCUGUUCCGGCCCUGAGAUGUCACUGCAGCAGUGCUACCAUCACCGGACCGUCAGCUGCAAGAAUGCCGGAACACGGCAUGCGGCCGGUGUUAUCUGCUCCGAGACUGCCUCAGACCUGGUCUUGCACGCACCCCUUGUGCAAGAGACGGCGUAUAUUGAGGACCGACCAUUGCACAUGCUGUACUGUGCGGCUGAGGAGAACUGUCUGUCCAGCACUGCCCGCAACGCCAACUGGCCCUAUGGACACAGACGACUGCUGCGCUUCUCCUCCCAGAUACACAACAUCGGGAGAGCCGACUUCAGGCCCAAAGCCGGCAGACAUUCCUGGGUGUGGCAUGAGUGCCAUGGGCAUUACCACAGCAUGGACAUUUUCACCAACUACGACCUGCUGACAUCCAAUGGGACCAAGGUGGCAGAAGGUCACAAAGCCAGCUUCUGCCUGGAGGACUCUGAGUGCCAGGAGUCGGUCAGUAAGCGGUACGAAUGCGCCAAUUUUGGAGAACAAGGUAUCACGGUGGGGUGCUGGGACUUGUACCGCCAUGACAUAGACUGUCAGUGGAUUGACAUAACGGAUGUAAAGCCUGGAAACUACAUUCUGCAGGUUGUUAUUAAUCCAAAUUCUGAGGUGGCUGAGAGCGACUUCACCAACAAUGCGAUGAAGUGUAACUGCAAAUAUGAUGGCCAUCGGAUAUGGAUACACAACUGUCACAUAGGUGAUACUCUGAGUGAAGAAGCCAACAAGAGGUUUGAACAAUACAGGGGGCAGCUCAACAAUCAGAUUCUUUAACUGCAGACACUUUUAUUCACCUCCAUGUGACUGACCAUCUGUGUCCUCAGAUGUCCAAACUAUUUCUAUAUAGGAUGGGCAGAAAUGUCUCCCUGUGCACCACAACUCUCAGUCACACCCUGCCACGUGCCUUACUCCCAGUACUGUACCCACCAAACAGCCUCUAGUUACGCCCUGCCACGUUCCUGGUACAGUACCCACCAGACAGCCCCUGGUCACGCUCUGCCAUAUGCCCCAUUCCUGGCACCAGUAAUGUACCCACUAGCCAGCCCCUGGUCACGUUCUGCCAUGUGCCCCACUCCCAGUGCUGUACCCACCAGACAGCCCCUGGACACACCCUGCCAUGUGCCCCAUUCCUGGUACCGGUAAUGUACCCACCAGACAGCCCCUGGUCACGCUCUGCCACAUUCCUGGUACAGUACCCACCAGACAGCCCCUGGACACACCCUGCCAUGUGCCCCAUUCCUGGUACCGGUAAUGUACCCACCAGACAGCCCCUGGUCACGCUCUGCCAUAUGCCCCAUUCCCGGCACCAGUAAUGUACCCACUAGCCAGCCCCUGGUCACGUUCUGCCAUGUGCUCCACUCCCAGUGCUGUACCCACCAGACAGCCCCUGGUCACUCCCUGCCACAUUCCUGGUACAGUACCCACCAGCCAGGUCCUGGUCAUGUCCUGCCAUGUGCCUCAAUCCUAGUACUGGCAAUGUUCCCACCAGCCAGGUCCUGGUCACGUUCUGCCACGUGCCUCAAUCCUAGUACUGGCACUAUUCCUACCAGCCAAGUCCUGGUCAUGUUCUGCCACGUGCUCCAUUCCUUGUACUGGUAAUGUUCCUACCAGCCAGGUCCUGCUCAUGUUCUGCCACGUGCCUCAAUCCUAGUACUGGCACUAUUCCUACCAGCCAGGUCCUGCUCAUGUUCUGCCACGUGCCUCAAUCCUAGUACUGGCAAUGUUCCCACCAGCCAGGUCCUGGUCACGUUCUGCCAUGUGCCCCGUUCUCUGUACCGGUAAUGCCAGACAAGCAUUGCACCAUUAUGGGCCCUGACUAUGUUGGAAAUAGUUGAUCUCAUGAGCGCAGUCCCACGAUGUGAACAGUCUGUGGUCAUUAUGUUCUGCUAAGCUCUGCACAAGAUGGAUUCUGAGAACUCUGACGUUUCUUGUUAUUGACUAAUAAAAAAUGAGCCGGUUGUGGCAGAAAAUGCAAUCAGUAUACAGUGCCUUGCUAAAGUAUUCACCCCCCUUUGCAUUUUUCAUGUUUUUUUGUCUCACAACCUGGAAUUAAAAUGGAUUGUUUGAA